AUGGCUGCUGCAGCAUUCGGGGCUGCCGUUGCCUUGGCUCGUAAAGCGCUCACGUGGGUUCUUUUCACCACAAACGGUAGCAUGAGGAACAAACUACACAACAUGUUCGGUGCUGAUGAUCUAGGAUACGCCUUCGCGAAGAUUGCAAUCGGUGCAACUUUUGGCCUAUACAUCUUUAUCUUGUUCUCACUAGCCGCCAAACCGAACCGGAACCCGAUUAGAUUUUACCGAGCUGUCAAGUUCGGCGUAGAUGUGGUGAUACUUGCGGGGUGCACAUACCUCAGCGAGACCUUGGACGACGCUCCAUCCCGGGUGGUCGCCUUCUUGUGUAUACUCCACAUACUUCCUGCAGCUAACAUCCUGAUGGAACUUCUGAUGACAACUACGGAAAUCGAGAUGGAUCGAUCUAACAUUACUAGACGACGGCAAGGGUGGUUUAUCGAUUAUAUUAUUCUCAACUGCCAUAUGAUGAUCGGAGAUGACGACGAAAAUAAAACACUGGCGGCGUAG